CCCGAUGUUUGAGAUCUCGUAGUUCGUCUGUCUUAAGCCCGAAAUGCUCGUCUCCGAAUUCAGACUGUGCUGGAUGCUGUGUCGCAGGGUUCCCGGAGUGUGGAUAGCACGAACUCGUCGUCAGCUUGCGAGGUGUGACGAACCCUCGAACGUCGCCGGACGCGCCGAUGGCUCGAGGUGUUUUUACUCGACCCUGCCUCCGGGGCAUCAGAUGAACGUUUUUGACAGAAAGGCGAAGACGCGCCACAAGACCCUGGCUGCUCUGGACAAGGACGCUGAAGUGUACGACUAUCUCAAGGACGAGGUCGGUUAUCGGUUGGCAGACCGUGUUUACGACAUUAAGAGGAAGUUCCCAAGAGCUGUGGAGCUGGGCUGUGGCCGAGGCCAUGUGUCGCAUCACUUGGACUCUGAAGCCGUGGAAUCCCUCGUCCUGUGUGACACGUCGCAUGAGUGCCUUAUGCGGUGCAAGGUGCCCAAGGACGUGCCCGUAACGAAGCUUGUCGUCGACGAGGAGUUCCUCCCGUUUGCAGAGAAUUCCAUCGACAUCUUCCUCAGCAGCUUGAGUCUCCACUGGGUAAACAAUCUUCCUGGCAUGUUCAAGCAGGUGUGGAAUGCACUCAAGCAGGAUGGUGCCUUCCUGGGGUGCGUCUUCGGUGGUGAAACGUUGUACCAACUGAGGGGCUCCUUGCAGCUUGCUGAAACGGAACGUGAAGGCGGGUUCGGAGCCCACAUAUCUCCAUUUGUUCAACCUACGGAUUUGGCUGCACUUCUGAACCAUGCUGGCUUUGUGCUACUUACGAUAGACUCCGACGAAAUGACCGUCAAUUAUCCGACGGCGUUCCACCUCAUGGCCGACCUCAAAGGUAUGGCCGAGAACAAUGCGACCUGGAAACGCAAGUCUCAUCUACACAGGGAUACCAUGGUCGCAGCGGCGGCGAUUUAUCAAGAACUAUACGGCAACGAGGACGGAACUAUACCAGCCACGUUUCACAUCUUGUCUUUUAUUGGCUGGAAGCCACAUCCAUCACAGGCCAAGCCAGCAAAGAGAGGAACCCAAACUGUGUCAUUGAAGGACCUAGGGUCUCUCUUAGAUCCAGCCAGCAAGACGUAGCCUCACUCUCGGCAAGUAACAAGUUCCAGCACGUCCUGUACUGUAUAGAUUACACUCUCAUUUGUGUUCUCAGGUGUAUGACCCGCAAAUAAAGACACAGGACUAGUGCUGCAGAAA